UUUUUAGUGCACUGCAGAUCUGGGAGAUUCCCUUGUGGCAUAAUGUGGGAGGAAUAAGCAGCAGGCCGCCCCUGACAGGGACUGCACCCUCCACACUGCCUGGGGUUUAAAGGAGGAAGCAGCAGCGUUUUCUCCAUAACACACGCACAGAGAAAAUGAGCCUGAGUGACAAAUCAAAGGCUUGCCACAUUGGACGUCUAAAGUCCCAGCCAUCCGUUAAUGAAGUGCCAUCAGGCACAAUACAGUCUGAUUUGCGCAGGCAUUACUACACGAUCAGUACGUCCAUGUCCGCUGCCGUGGUGGAACAGAUCGCCUACCUCCUCUACAGUGCUCGGAUUCUCACCCAGCAUGAACUCAAUGUCGUCGUCUCCAGGACAGAAAUGCUUUCCAAGGCGUCUGAGCUACUUUCUGCUGUCAUCCGGAAAGGACAAAAAGCCUGUGGCAUCUUUCUCCAGGCCCUUAAAACGUGUGACCCACAUCUCAGUGAACAACUCGGCCUAGAACAAGCUAAUUAUUCCGGCAAAAUGUCACCAGUCUCAUUACUGAAGCCACCUUCACACACACCCACCCCAGUUGUGUGCAACAUCAGCAUCUGCAACUCAAAUCUGAACAACUGCACGUUUGGAUCUGGUAACAAUGUGUCUGUGACAACAACUAUGCCUUUAUCCAACCUCAACCACAUUGAGGAGCCACCCAUGAAGUCAGAUGAGGAAUAUGGAAAUUGCGAUGAUGCAGCAUCCGACUCCCACAUGUGCAGUGUUGCCGAAGACACGGACACAAACAGCACAGGAACCAUCCAGACCGACAUAGCAAUUGUCAGCUCCAGGUUAACAAACGUGACUGUUGGAGAAAGUAAUGUGCUUACAAUGGUGGAGGAACUCAGCAAUGAAGAGGAACUGGAAGGAGAGUUGGAAGAACAUGACUGCAAGGAGAAAGUACACAAUGAACAAUCGAUAAAGACACCGGAAGCUAAAUGUGGUGUACAAAAUUGAAUACAGCAGGAUGUAAUUCCGUGGGAGAGUGAACUGCUGGAUGGGGGCAGGUCCAGUGAAUGCCACCGGUUGGUACUGUACAGAGAGCUCAGCAAUCUACAAACGAUGGCUUGUUUACCUUCACAAUUCAAUCUUAUUAUAACCCGCUCGGUGAAAAGUGAUUUUCUAUUAUUUCUCAAAAUCUCUGUUAUCUUUGCAAGGCUUUUCAAAGUCACACAACUGAGAGUGUUGAUAGUAAACUGAUCUUACUCAAACACCCAAUUCUCUAUCCCAGACGGUUACAGUUAGGAAGUAUAUUCAUCGCUAACUAAAGUAGAUACAUAUUUGGGCGCAAGGAUAUUGAGUGAUUAACUGCAGGAACUGCAGAUGAAUCCAUGAAAGGACACAAGGUGCAGGAGUAACUGAGCAGGUCAGGCAGCCUCU